AUCCCAUCCAGGUGUCCCAGAUCCCACCCGGGUGUCCCAAAUCCCACCUGGGCGUCCCAAAUCCCACCCAGGUGUCCCAAAUCCCACCUGGGCGUCCCAGAUCCCACCCGGGCGUCCCAAAUCCCACCCGGGCGUCCCAGAUCCCACCCGGGCGUCCCAGAUGCCGCGUUUUCCCCCUCAGGCUGUUCCAGACCAAGUGCAGCAGCUGCCUGAAGGCCAUCGGGCCCUCGGAGCUCAUCAUGCGGGUGCUGGAGAACGUCUACCACGUGCAGUGCUUCUCGUGCUGCGAGUGCGAGCGGCAGCUGCAGCGCGGGGACGAGUUCGUGCUCAAGGAGGGGCAGCUGCUCUGCCGCUCCGACUACGAGAAGGAGAAGGAGAUGCUCAGCGCCAUCAGCCCCGCGCCCACCGAGUCCGUGAAAAGCGAGGACGAGGACGGCGCCCACUCCCACGGCAAAGGCGGCGACGACGGCAAGGACCACAAGCGCUCCAAGCGGCCGCGCACCAUCCUGACCACCCAGCAGCGCCGCGCCUUCAAGGCCUCCUUCGAGGUGUCCUCCAAGCCCUGCAGAAAGGUGAGGGAGACGCUGGCGGCGGAGACGGGAUUGACCGUGCGGGUGGUCCAGGUGUGGUUCCAGAACCAACGGGCCAAGAUGAAGAAAAUCGCCCGGAGGCAGCAGCAGCAGCAGCAGCAGCAGGAGCAGGAGCAGCUCGGGAAUGCCCGGCUGGGAAGCGGGAGAGGGACUGGGAGGAGCAGCCGGCAGAGCAACGACGACAGUGAAGACGCCGCGAGCGUGCCCGGCCUCGAGGGGCUCCUGGCGCCGUAUUCCCGCCUCCCGCCGCAGCCGCUCCUGCCCCUGGAGCACAACGGGCUGAGCCCGGAGCUCUUCCGGCCGGGAAUGACCCCCCCCCAGCUCCCCCCGGAACACCUGCACCCCUACGACUCGGAGGGAGUUUUCCAUGACCUGGACAGCGACAGCCUGGGCCCCCUGGGCGACUGCCUCCUGUCCGGGGCCGAUCCCAGCCUGCUCCAGGCCCGGCUCGGGAAUCCCAUCGACCGCCUGUAUUCCAUGCAGAGCUCCUACUUCACCUCCUGACCCUGGAAAAACCCUUCCCAGGAACGUCGGGAAUGCUGCUCCCGCCUCCCAGCCGGGCGAGGGGACGGGGCGGGACUGAGACCCUCGGGAUUGUUCUCCCCGGAGGAGCCGACGGAGGGAUCCGACCUCUCCCGGCCUUUUCCGUCGGGAUGGGCGUUCCCGGCUGGAAUCUGGGGGGAAUUUCCCCGUUGGUUUCUAUCCCGAGUGGGAAUUUUCCGGCGUUUUCUCUCGGGUGAGGGAAUUUCUGGCCGGAAUCUGUCGGGACUGGGAAUUCCAGGCUGGACUCCUGAGUGAACCUUCCAGCAUUUUCCAUUGGGACCAGGAAUUUCCAGCCAGAAUCCAUCACUAUUUGGGAUUUCCCCUCAUUUUCUAUCAGGACCGGGAAUUUCAGGCCAGAAUCCAUCAAUAUUUGGCUUUUUCCAGCAUUUUCCAUCAGGAGCUGCAAUCCCUGCCCGAAAUCCAGACUGAACCUUCCAACAUUUUCCAUCAGGACCAGGAAUUUCGGGCCAGGAUCCGUCAGCAUGGGGAAUUUGGGGGCGGAAUCCGCCGAUAUUUGGGAUUUUGAGGCCGAAUCGCUCGGGAUUCACCCCCCAGUGCCCAUCCCAAGCCGUCUCCCAGUAUUCCCAGCACAACUCCAAGCCCUAAUCCAGCUGGAAAGGCUCUGGAUCUCCUCCCUCCCGGGUUCUGUCCACGAUUCCAUCACUGGGAUGGUGGUUUUAGCCCAGUUUUUUUCGGGAAUGACCCAGGAUCUCCCCAGAACGUCGUCAAGGAUGGUUGGAAUUCCUGGAAAAGUUUUCCCAGGAGCUGUUCCAGCCAAAGGAAUAAAAACCUCCCCCAGCUCUCCGAGCGUUCCAAGGAGGAAAUAUUCCCGGAAAGGAAUUCCCAAGACUGUUCCAAGAAAGGGAAUGACGACUUACUUUGGGAUCUGCGGAGUCGGGAAUCGGGCGGGACAAUCCCGAGGAUUUGGCCGACGGAUUCCUGGAUGUGCUUUUGUCCCUGAGCCGCCACACGCUGAUUUUUCCAGGUGGGAACCUCCUGGAGGAACCGAAAACCAGGGAAAAGGCGGAUUUUUUGUCGGAGGGAAAUUCCCUGGAACUAAAAAUUCCUCAUGCUGGCGGUGCCGGGAUUAUCCCGGACUUCUGGGAUCCGCCUCUUCCCAUCCACGGACAACACUCCCAGACAGCUGGACACUGGUUUCUUGGGAGGGAAGGGGGGAGACUUUUCCCAAAAAACCCGGAUAUUUAUGGCACAUUUUUGCCCGGAAAGGCGAGUUUGGGAUGGAAUCGGGAGAGUUCCCACCAUCCCAAAUCCCAGAAUUCGCCUCCUCCAUCCGUGUGUUCCCUUUGGAGGCUCCUGCCCUCGGGACGGUCUCGGCUCUGAUGGAAUUUCGGGAGAAUCCGCAGUGAAAUUGUGGAAAUUUGAUGUUUCCCCCCCCCAGAUCCCCCUCCCCGAAUCCCUCCGGAUGCUCCCCGUGAUCCCGUGCCAGUGUUUUGGGAAUUCUCUUUUGCAUGUACGUUGGAAAAUAAACCCCCCCACCCCCCAAAAAAAGGCCAAGUUUAACUGGGAACGUGGGAUUUUCCUGCCUUGGGAAUUCCAGGGUGGGGUUCCUUUCCCGGGGGGUUCAGGAAGCAGCUUCCCGAAUUCCCGGAUUUGGCUUCGUUUCCCUGUUUCCUGAGCUCUCUGAAAACAGCUUGGGAAAGGCACUGGGAAUAUCCCACGCUCCUCUGGGAUUUUAUGGAUAAAUAGAUUUAGAUUUUAGGGAUGAACAGAUUCAGAUUUCAGGGAUAAAUACAUUUGGAUUUGGGGGAUAAUAAAUAAUUUCGA